UUCUUCACAACUCUUCUCAUUUCCAAACUAUGGAAAACAAUAAACUUUCACUCGCUCUCUUAGCUAUUUUACUCCUCACAAAUGCUAUUGUUGUUAGAGCUAAUUCUAAUGAAAAUAGUGUCAUAGAAACCUCAUGUGCCAUUACUCUUUAUCCUCAACUCUGUCAUUCAACAAUAUCCUCCAUCGUUGGAACGUCUAAUUUGUUGAGUUUGAAAGAUAUUUUUGAAGUGUCAUUGAGUGUUGCUAUGGAUGCAGCUAAGCAUAACAAUAAAAACAUAAAAAAACUUAUGGUGUCCACUAACAAUGUUAGUAAACGAGACAAGAUUGGUCUUCAUGAUUGUGUUGAAACAACUGACAGGACCAUUUAUGAGCUUGGGAAAGCUAUAGAGGUCUUUCGUGAGUAUCCGAACAAGAGAUCUCUUACUUUGUACGCCGAUGACCUCAAAACCUUCCUCAGUUCUGCCAUUACUAAUCAGGUGACUUGUUUGGAUGGAUUAUCACAUGACAAAACAGAGAAAAGGGUUUUGAGACUUAUUGAGAACGCACAUAUUCAUGUGACAAAGUUGUGUAGUAAUGCAUUGGCUUUGGUUCAAAAAUUGACAACAGACAUUGCCAUAACAGAUGAGAAAAGCUUGGUGGUCCAUGAUUUCCCUUAUAAGAUAACUUCAAUACCCUCCCAAAUGGAUGACCCCAAAAUUGUACUCUUUUCCAACCAGGAGGAAGAUGAGAAUAGAAGAAGGGAGGAGUUAGAAGAUGGAAUAAAGUGGCCAAAGUGGAUGUCAAUCGAAGACCAGAAGCUUUUGGAAUCAUCAUCAGAAGCAGCAGCGGAGGCUGUGGUGGCGGCGGAUGGAAGUGGAAAUUAUAAAACGGUGGCGGAGGCGGUGGCGGCAGCUCCGAGUAAGAACAGCAAAAGAUAUAUAAUAAAAAUAAAGGCUGGAGAGUACUGGGAAAAUGUGGAUGUACCAAGCAGUAAAAGGAAUAUUAUGUUUUGGGGAGAUGGAAGAUCCAACACCAAAAUCAUAUCUAAUAGAAGUCAUGGAACUGGCUGGUCAACCUUCAAAUCCGCCACACUUGCUGCGGUGGGGGAUGGUUUUUUAGCUCGAGACAUAACCUUUCAAAACAAAGCCGGAGCAGCCAACGGCCAAGCUGUAGCUCUCCGUGUUGGCUCAGAUCACUCGGCCUUCUACCGAUGUAGCAUGCUUGCCUACCAAGACACUCUCUACGUUCACUCGAACCGUCAAUUCUUCGUCAACUGCAUUGUAGCAGGCACAGUCGAUUUCAUCUUUGGAAAUGCAGCAGCCGUAUUCCAAAACUCUGACAUCACCCCUCGCAAACCAGGGCCUAGUCAAAGGAACAUGGUCACAGCACAAUCAAGAACCGACAUUAAUCAAAACACGGGUAUCGUCAUCCAAAAGUGUAGGAUAAAAGCAACGUCAGACUUGGAGCCUGUGAUAGAAGAAUUCCCAAGCUUUCUCGGGAGACCAUGGGAAGAAUAUGCUAGAGUUGUGGUAAUGCAAACGACAAUAAGCAAUGUGAUAGACAAAGAGGGGUGGUCCACAUGGAAUGGCCAAAGAAAGUCACCAUACUAUGCGGAAUAUGAUAAUAAUGGAGCUGGAGCCGAUAUUUCUGGUAGAGUGCCAUGGUCUCUUGUUAUUGAUGAGGCUCAAGCUAAGACUUUUACGGCUGGACCAUUUAUUGGUGGAGCUGAUUGGCUUUCAUCUACUGGCUUUCCCUAUCAGCUUAGUCUCUAUAAAUGAUCUAAUGCGCCUAAUUAAUUAGCUUGCAACUCUUGCUUUUGGUUUGGUUGGUCAAAACGAUGUAUUAGAGUUCUAAGCUAUAGUAAAUGUCGAAUGCUUUAGUUAAAUAAAAUAAAGUCACUUAAUUAAAAUCUUUUGUUUU